AUGGCAGAUAACCGCUCCUCCGCGCUGCGCCGCUCCGCCCUGCCGCAGCCCGCACCUCUCCGGCACAGGCCCGCCUUCUCUGCCCGCCCAUUCUUUAUCACCGUCCUAUUGGUCUGCGCUAUCGCUGCCGCCAGCUUGGUCCUGCAUGCCCCCGAACCCGCUGCCGUGCACGAUGCCCCGGGCCUGCUGCGUCGCGGCGUUUCCACCGAGGACCAAGAGUGUCGCCUAGUGUACCAUGCGCCCGACAAGUGCGCCUUCGUACGCGCCAAUUGCUCGGACGAGGAGGCUGGAAUUUUCUCGUACCUGCAGCUGUACUACUGCCGCCUGUCCCACGCAAAGCCCGUCGGCUUCGCCAUCCUGGUCGCAUGGCUCGCCCUGCUCUUCUCCACCAUCGGCAUCGCCGCCAGUGACUUUUUCUGCGUCAACCUCAGCACCAUAUCGAGCCUCCUCGGCAUGAGCGAGAGCAUGGCCGGCGUCACCUUCCUGGCCUUUGGUAACGGUAGUCCCGACGUCUUCUCCACUUUUGCCGCCAUGAAAACAAACAGUGGAAGCCUAGCUGUAGGCGAGUUGAUGGGUGCCGCUGGCUUCAUCACAGCUGUCGUCGCUGGCUCAAUGGCUAUCGUCCGGCCCUUCAAGGUCGACCGCCGGAGCUUCGUCCGCGAUGUCUUCUUCUUCAUCGUGGCCGCCGCCUUCAGCAUGGUAUUCCUAAUCGACGGGAAGCUCUCCUUGUGGGAAUGCGCUACCAUGGUGGGCUUCUACAUCGCCUAUGUCAUAUUUGUAAUAUGGUGGCAUUGGUGGCAUGGCCGACGCCAGCGAAGGAGAUUCGUCGAAGCCACGGCAAGAGGCCAAUACGUCACCCCCGGCGGGGAGGAGGCCGAGGUCUUCGAGCCGUAUCGCGACGAUGAAGAUGCCAGCUUGGACGACCGGCCUCAACGCCACUCCCGCAACACAUCCUUUGACGACUUGCGCAUGCUGGAACAGGGCAACGAAUACGACGAUGAACCGGGCUUCGAGAAUGCCGACGAGGAAGUGCGUGAGAGAUGGCUUGGAGAGCUCAAUCGAAACAUGCGCUUGAGUCGACCACGACUCGGAGAGCGUCGUCUCACCAGACCCCCGCCUAUUCGUCCCAGCUUGGUCGGCGCGCUAGAGUUUCGCGCGGUGCUUACCUCCCUGAAAAGGUCCAGGAACAUCCAGUCCAUGCCCAUCAACUUGCGACGCUAUUCAGACGACCCGACAUUCACGACCGCACAACAACAGGACUACCUGUCUUCUGUUUCCGACCCUGCUGCGAGACCGCCGUACGAAGUGGAGCCUGAGGGACAUGAGGGCACGUCUCCAAUAGUCAUCCGACCGAACCAGGACGUGCGUGCUGCAGUCGGACCUCGCAUUCGAGCCGUAUCAGUAAACGAUGCCGAUACGUUAAAGCUAGACCAAGGCGCUUGGAAGCGACAUCUCCAGCAGCAGCAAGACCUCUUGGGCCCAUUGGAAGAGGACAACAAUAGUCUCAAGGUCCCGCCCAACAAUUCCAGGAGGACGUCUGACGCUUCGAGUCGAGUCACUCGCUCCCCCGCAAUUGAGUUUUCUCCUUCCUCUUUCCAAGACGCCCCGCCGGUCCCCCAUCAUCGCAGAUCCCUCUCUCCAGACCACCUUGCUCCUCCAGAUCAAGUUUUGGCGCCUAUUCCGCAAUCCGGUCCUCGGGUAUCAGGUACAUCAUCGACGGCUGUGAGCCCAAAGCAUCUCCCCAAGUUGAAUAUCCCGAAAACUGGUCCAGCAAACUCAGAUAUCUCACCAUUCCCUGCAUAUCGAGACUAUUCUUGGUCAAUUCAAAGCGGCUCUCGGCCUGGUAGUAUACGCCUGGUAUCUCCAAGCGCAUCACCAGUGUCCUUGUUUCCCAACGAGCACUUUCCUGAGAUCGAGGAAGAAGAGGAGAAGCCCCCAGCAUGGUGGCCAAGCAAAUUCUUGCCUACCCCACAGAGAAUCACGUCGAAGCUAUUCCCUACGUUGUGCAAGUUCAGCGAGAAAAACAUCUGGGGGAAGUUACUUGGAAUCGUCGCGGCACCAAGUGUUUUCCUACUCACAAUUACCCUUCCUGUGGUUGAGGCUGACACGGAGAAUGAGGACACUAUGGCUGAGUUGAAUCUCCCAAGCCCAGUGGUCAGGACGCCUCACAGUGGCCGUCCCUCCGCUCCGAGCACGAUCACGGUCAUUGGCCCCGAUGAUGAUCCUCCUGCUCAGGACGGCCAUACCCGUACAGACUCGUCGGACACUCACGGACUCUCUGGCCAUGGCAACACGGCUGCAGUUGCUGCAGCCCAUGAGACUCAACAUAGAGUUGCUUACCACGAUCGCUCCCCGAUGGUGAUCAUAUCGCCUUCUGUGGGACCUAUGCAUCACUCUCCAGAACAGCUUCCGCAGCGCCCGGGGACAGCCAGCUCUGCUUCCGGACCCAAGCAAUGGGAUCGCUGGCUUGUCAUACUGCAGGCAUUCACGGCACCAUUAUUUGUCGUUGUGGUCAUGUGGGCAAAUGUUGACCUAGGCGACCCCCGAGCCCUCAUCCGGCCCGUUCUCAUCAGCCUUGCCUGCAGUCUCGGUGCUCUCUUCCUCCUUCUGUCCACCACUACUCCCGAUCGGGCCCCGAAAUGGCGCGUGAUGCUCUCUUUCGCCGGCUUCGUUGUCGCCAUCGCUUGGAUCAGCACAAUCGCCAACGAGGUCGUCGGCGUCCUCAAAGCCCUCGGCGCCAUUCUCAACAUCAGCGACGCCAUCCUCGGCCUUACUAUCUUCGCCGUCGGAAACUCGCUCGGAGACCUCGUCGCCGAUAUCACGGUCGCCCGCCUAGGCUUCCCCGUCAUGGCUCUCUCGGCAUGCUUCGGCGGGCCUAUGUUGAAUAUCCUGCUCGGUAUCGGCUUGGGCGGCUGCUACAUGACAAUCAAGCACGCCGAGAGCAAGCACGAUAAGCAUCCAGAUCGCCCCAUCCACUUCAAACCAUACCACCUAGACAUUAGUAGUUCGCUCAUCGUGAGCGGUGCGACGCUGCUGGUCACGCUUCUCGGCUUGUUGGUUAUGGUGCCGUUGAGAAAAUGGCGCAUGGAUCGCGUCGUGGGGUGCACUUUGGUGACUGUUUGGGUGGUGAGCACGAUCGGGAACGUGGCAGCAGAGCUCCUUGGGUGGGGAGACGAUGAUAUUAACUGA